CACCUUGGACCAACGAUCGGCACUCCGUCUGGAGAACGAGUCGUUGACCCGUCAAUCCGCCCUGACUUCACAUAACUAGUCGAGAGUGUGAAUCCGUGCCCAUCAAUCAUUCUCCACAAUGGCUAAGCACGAUGUUCCUCUUGACAUCACGUUCCUUGUGUCAAUCUGGCUCGAGGCCCUGGUUUAUGGCUUCUUCAUGUGUCUGUUCUGCGCCUCCGUUUACAUCAACGUAGCGUUGCGCAGGGCGCAGGACGUUCACAGUAGGGUCAUGUUCGGCAUCGGUAUCUUGCUAUUCUUCAUGGCUUCAAUGCAUGUCGCCAUGAACUGCUACCGCAUGGUGAUGGCGUAUGUCAUCAAGCGCGACGCCCCCGGAGGACCGGCUGCCUACAUCGGUGCUUUGGCUCCUUGGGACCAUGUCUUCAAGGAUACUAUUUAUGCUACUCAAGAAAUAUUCGGGGAUGCGGUUGCCAUUUACCGCACCUGGGUCGUUUGGGGCAGGGACUGGAGACCAAUUGCACUUCCCUCUGUUCUACUCGUAGUUAGUCUGGUCUCUGGCUACUCGGUCUGUGGUCUCUACACAACCGAGAGUAGCUCCGCCAGCGUCUUCGACCCCCGCCUCCUCCGCUGGAUCACCACCUUCUAUGCCAUCUCUGUCGUCCAGUCCGGUCUGACCACCGGCCUCAUGGCCUACAGGAUCUGGCAGACGGACAGGAGGUCUAUCAAGUUCCGCACGAACCAGGAGGGCAACCUGAUGCCGAUUCUGCGUAUCCUCAUUGAGUCUGCGUCCAUCCAGUUCAUGGCGGAGGUCAUCCUCCUCUCGCUCUAUAGUGCCAACUACAACGCGCAGUACCUCCUGCUCGAGCUCAUUACACCGCUGGUCGGCAUCACCUUCAACGCCAUCUCGGUCCGUAUCGCGCUGCACCAGUCGGAGAUUAUGCAGAACGCCUCCAAGAGCUUCGGCGCCAUAGAGUCAGCGGUUCCCCACGCGAUCAACCCGGUGGCCACCAUCGGUUCGAUCCCCAUGCGCAGGAUGAACCCCACGCAGUCGAUCAACAUCCAGAUCAAAAAGGAUGUUGAGGCAUUUGGCGAUCACCAGAGCGGCGACACCGACUUCGUCGACUUCGAGAGGAAAGUACACGAUGAAGAGAUCGCACAAGUCCAAUAAACCAGCCUCGCCACAUACCAAUAUUACCCAUUCCUGUCGUUGCUUGUUUGUAAUUCACUACGCAUUUUUGCUUUCUCUCUCUUUCAUAUUCCACUCGUUUAGCAUUGUCUCGUCAACUUUGUAUAGAUUUCAUGCUGUGAACAACCUGGAAGCUAAUUGCAAUAAACACGGAAUUCGGAAUAAAAAAA